GUGUGAGUGCGCAGAAAGUUAUACAGCUGUCAUCGACUGGCUUAUUUAUCAAUAAAUAACUACUGUGAUCAGCGGAAAACUUCGGUUACUGGAGAUCCGUGCGCACACAUUUCCGUAUUCCGCUUUGCUUGCGAGCAAUUCGCAUCUCCUUGCGUAAAUGCCGCGGACGAAGGUUUGAGCCGGAGGAGAACUACUGACGACAGACCUGUCAAGUGCAGCAGGAGUCCCGAGUGAUAAGCAAUAGGUGGGAUCCCUCAGUAGUUCACACCGUCUGGAAGUCGGGAGGAAGCGACAGAAAACGGCCGCACAGCCGGAAGAACACUUGCAGUCGCUGUGGCGAUCCCGCGGCGGCUGGGCAGCUGGGCUACCUAGAAAAAUCGCGAAGAGAAGAAACAGCUUAUUCGAGGAAUUCGAAUGGCAUUUGUUUUUUUCGUUCGUUGCAUGCCACCAAACGAAAGAAGAUGAACAAUGAACAAACGCCGUCAUCAUCAGACACACCGGCGGAUCGUGUGGGAUCUGGUGGAGCAGCUGCCAAACUGCCAACGAUCAUACCGGACACGCCCAUCGUCUCGAUUGCCGCUGGCACGAUGAGCGAGAGCACCACGACGACCACCGCCACCAAGACGACGCCGACGCCGUUUCCACAGGAGCAGCUCAUGACCAUGAUGUCGGACCAUGUGGCCAAGGUGGACGCGCAUCUUGACGAGGCCUGCAGGAACCAGGGGGCCAGAGACGACGACAGCCAAGGAGCGGUAGCAGUGGUUGCCAACCAUGUAGCCACCAGCGGUAGUAACAGCACAGCCGGUGACCCCAAGAAGUCAUCAUCCCCUAGUAAUAGCCAUACCACUGGUAACCACGCCGCAACCGCAGAGGCUACUAAAGGCUCUACAGCAACAGGAGAUUCGCCCUUCUCGCAGGUCUUUGCCAUGCUGAAGGAUUCGCCCAGUGCUGAACUGUCGCGACCAAACCGCAGAGUCCUCCAGUACGGGACCACUGCCAAGGGCAAGACCCAGGAUGAUCAGAAUGUCGGCAAGCGACAGAAGAAGAAAAAGACAAAAUACGAUACUUGGGAAGAUAGCGAUUUUAAUGAUCUGGAUGACGCAUCAUUGAAGAAGCUACUCGAAGAGGCCUACUGGUAUCGAAAUCCUGGCGACAGAAAAAACAAGAGCGAGCGAUUUCUGCAAAUGCUCAAAAAGGCUGAGUACGACGAGGAGAUCUCUUAUCGUGCCAUCAAAUCCUGCCUCACACUCAACCCAUCCGCACUAACGUCAAGUGCAGCAACAGGCUCUAGCGGCGGGAGCAGCAGCAGUGCAGGGCACAACAGCAGCUACAACUCCACCAAUCACCGAUCCACGGAUCCCGGACAGCGGCACAAGCAGGGCGGCUCCCUGCAGGAUCUCGUCGAGGCGGCGCACCGCAGCGAAUUGGCUACAACCUCGGCGGCGGCGGCAGCAGCGACGGCGGCGACAACGGCAGCAACCCAACGUUUCAACUGUGAUUACCAGCUGAGUGGCCGCUCCAAUCGCCGCCAACAGCAGCACAACCAAAACGCCACCUCCUCCGCAUCCGCAUCCAAAAAGAUCAAGAACUCAAACGUCUCGGGCCGUCAACGCGAAGGAGGCAGCCUGCCCAGCAGUGUCAACUUUGAGCCGUCAGCUGCCAUGGAUGCCAAGCACAACAAGCAACAGGCUCAGCCUCCGUCAGAAGCUGCAGGAGGACCGUUUUCGGUAUCGGUUGGUAACAAGCACCACCACCAAAGCAGCACCGGCAGUUGCAGCAGCCUGCCGAGUCAUUUGGACGAACGCGAUCCUGAGGCAAGCACCCAGUUCGACUUGGACGUGGACGAUGCGACGGGUGUCGGUUCCAGUGCCGCCGUUGGCGUCAGCGGCGUCCAAGACGACUUCAUGUUGGAGCAAUUGGAUCCUCAGAAUCCCUCGGUGAAGUUUCUGCUUGAUGCCCUCAACGACAAGCCAUUGGAGGCCAGGUACACCGGUGCCGGAAAAAAGUUCCUAAUCGACGACCGUCUAAAUUUUUCCGUCCUGGAGUUGUCUGCCAGGAGGAAGCUGCAGCAGCAGGCACAAUACCUGGCCGCCCUCACCGGACAAUUUGGUCUCGGCCUGGAGGAGGAGAAGCGCAAGGUAGAGGCCGGCUUCGUGUCGUUCAACGACAACUACACGGCGUGCUCCUCGGUUUACGGCGGCGGUGCUGGUUCACCAGCUGCCGUGGAGGGCAGCAAGCCCUCGACCUCCUCCUCGGCCUCGUCCAGUGGUAGCAGCUACGGUGCCUCUUCUGACACAAUGUCCAGCGAUUUUCGUCCUGCGAAGAUUGGACGCAUGGUCCCCGCCGCAGGUUCUGUGGCAGCUGCGCCGAUGGGUGGCAAGACCACUACGCGUCAGCUAGACGAGAAUGGAAAUGCGUUGGGCGAUGGCUUUGGUGGCAGUGCAGCCAGUGGAACCAGUGCAGUCGCCAGCAGUAGCAACGGCAAUGGAAACCAGUUUACAGCCCUAAUAACCACUACGGUGGGAUCCAGUGCACCCACCUCUUCCGCCGCACACCGUCAGAAUAGCGUCUCCACUCUGCUCUCCUCGGGCACCAACACUACGACCACGGCUAUGGCAGCGGCGGCGGUGGCUGCAUCCUACAGCCAGUUGCAACAGGCACCGGGUGGAGCCGCGGCUGGAGCUGGUUCUGGAAUUGGUAUUGGUGUGCAGCAGCCUACCAAGCAGAAGGCGAAGAAGAAGUCGCAGCAGGAACGCAACACGACCACCGUCGAUGUGGAGUCAGUUGCCGGUUAUAGGGGCAAUGAUCCUGUCGAGCAGCUCGUCAAGUACAUUGAAAACGAUGUCAACGGUGGCGGGAACAGUGCCGCUGGACAGCGCAAGAAGGAGCGCAAGAAGCAAAACAAGCUCAAAAAGAGCAACUCGCUGGAGGAGCUACGCACCUGCUCGAAAAUGGAGUUGGACGAUCUGAAGCGGCAGUCGGCGACCACGGAGAUGAUGCGCCAGAAGAAGGGCACGAACAAUACGUCCUCGGGCGGAUCGUCGUCGACGGCCUCUGGUUCCUCAAGCAGUGGCAAACACAACUCGGCAUCCGUGGUGGAUAUUAACAAAAACUGCAACAAGGAGCAGCAACAGCAGUCAACGCCGACGGUGCAAGUGCGCAACAGCAACAAUCCAGGAUCGCAGCAGCGUAAGGGCGAACGCCGGUCCUGGGGCACCGAAGAGUUGCAUUACCUGGGUGACCACCAGGAAAUGUCCGCUGCCUGGUCGGAGCCGGAGACUGUUGGCCGAAAGCAGCUGCCGCUCGCGCUGCCCGCCUUGGCGCGCAUGUCCGAACUGGAAGCCCUGAAUACCGUCCUGUCGGAGACCGCUGAGUUCCAUGUGGUUACCAAGAAGAAGAAACCAAAGAAGCAGCGUGCCGUUACCAUGGACGAUGCAGCGGUGGCUGCGGCUGCCGGCACGGGCGGCAACUUGCAGCGCAUGCAGCAGAUCACCAAGUCCGCAUCCUCCAACAUUAUGUCCCAGCGGAUGCACUACUAUACCCCCUACAACAGCAACAACGGAGCAGGCAGUGCAACCUAUAAGCAACAGCAGCAACAGAGCCAACAGUACCAGGAGCACUACCAGGCGCAACAGGGGCAGCAUCACCAUCACCACCACCAUCAUCACCACCAUCAUCACCAUCACAGCGGCUCGGCUGUUUCGAAUCAGGUGGAUAGCUCGCGGCGCAAGUCCACUUCCUCUAUGCCGCCAUCGGAGAAGUCUGACUCCAGUGAUCUCGACUCGGUCCACUCGCUGCCCAUUCAGACGGGCAAAAAGAAGAGCCUUGGCGGGGGCAACAACAAGCAGCGGGCGGCGCAGGCAGCCAGUCAACGCCAGGCCAAGCAAAAUAAUUCCGCUGCUCCCAUUUCGUAUGCGGAUAUCGCCCGAAACAAGAAGGAGGGCCUGAACAAUGCCACCGCCAGCGACACAGAGCUGGAGCUGGGCGACAAGAUCCAGAGCAAGUGUGGUGGCAAAUCCAAGUCGCGGCCCGACUUCCCGGAACUGCCUGGUGCUGUUACGACGGGGGCUGCAAGUGGAGGUGCAGUCAAUCAGGCGACUGUUGCCAGCAACCAAACUACGCCACCGUCCUCGUCCAGUUCAAUCAGUUAUUCGCAGAGUCUUAAUGCAACACCGCCCAGCAGCAGCAGUGAUGCGGAGUCCACCAACUCGCCGGAGUUGUUUGCGCAGGUGCAGAUACCGACUUGCAGCAUGGCUAUGCCUACCCUGACAGCCUCUACGAUCAGCUGUGUCAGCAGCUCUGCCGCCAGCAGCUCGUCCACAUCCGGCUCACCGCCAGCUUUGCAGAAAUCCAAGAGCGUGGAGCACGAAACCAGCUACAGCUGCAACAGCAGCAACUUGGAUCAACAGUAUCCGGCACUAGAAAGGACCGUCAAGCGGCAUAGCACCAACAACGUGUCUGUGGCCGUCGCAGCCUCCACUUCGGCAUCAUCUUUGUACAACUUUGCAGCGGCAGCCAAGCAGCAGCUGGCGGAGAACGCCUUUGCGGCUAUAUCACCGCCAGCAGCAGUGAAAACUACCUCAACCGCAGUCGUAGUCCCAGCUUCAGCUCCAGCUUCAGUUCCAGCAUCAGUUCCAGCUCCAGUUCAAGCUUCAGCUCCAGCUGCUGUUACAGUUUCUUGUUAUUCCUCAUCCUCCACACAAGGUUCCACUCAAUCUUUACCUUCUGCUGCAUCGUCUGCUACAGCUUUGUCGUCGACCAAGGCCAAGGCCAAGCCAAAGGAGCUAUCUCCCAGCACCAGUUGCAGCAAGAAGCCAUCGAAGCCUAGUCAAGAUGCACCGUCAAUCAGUCUGUCCACUUCCACCACGCCUAAGACCACCACCAGCACCAGCACUGCUACUACACAAAAGACCACGGCUGCCACGCAGACCGAGGGAGCAAAGAAGCUGAUCAGCGGCAUCCACAAGCUGCCCAGCAGCAGUUGCAUUGCCAAGGGAGCCGGGGCCGUUUUGGAGGCCAGCGCCGGCAGACGUGCUGUGAUCAUACUCAACGAUGAUCGCGAAGCGGGCAGGAGCAACAAUGAGUUCAUAUUCGGUGAUUUCAACGAGGAUGAGCUGAAGCUCUUUGACGAUAACUUGGAUGAUGAGGAGGAUGGCCAGCAGCACAAGCAGUCUUCGGACAAGAAACAGCAAACAGAGGCGGAAUCUGAUGUGGGCCAAGAUGACAUCGAGGACGUGGACCAAGAGCUGGAAAAGGAACUGGAAUGCCUGGGACGACAACCAGGGAAGAAGCAAGAGCAACAGCAACAGCAGGAUGUCAGUGCCAGCAGCGAUCAGCAUUUAAAUGAUUCUGGUGCAGCUUCGGAUGCAGUCAACAGCUCAGCCAGCCUUGACAUGCUCUCGAUUUCUGCAGAAGCGGCACAAUCGUCACCUAACGCGGGUGCAACCGCCACCUCAUCCAGUGCAGCCAGUCUCAUUAACUCAUCCACGCCCUCGAGUGCUUCGUCCGCAUCGGCGAGCACCUCCACCUCAUCGUCCUCGGUCUCGAUUUCAUCCUUCUCGGGCGGCAACGGCGCCGCUUGUCUGGCUUCCGUUUCCGGUAUGCUUGGAGGAGUGGGCAAUCAAUCGGGGGACAGCGGCAUCUAUGCUGCCGCCAACACGUCCAUUAAGGAGCACGUUAACUCUUUCCUAAACAAGGCCAGCAGCAGCGAGGAGACGCUGCCGAGUCCCAACUCCAUAUCGAUGCAACAGCUGGAAACGUGCAACGACAUCGAGGCGGCCAUCAUAGCUGCGGCCCGUGCUGCCGCUGCUGCCCGCAGCACCAGCUUCAAUCGCAACUCUCAGGAGCAGGAGGCCUUGCAGUCGCAGGUCAAGACCAAGGCGACUGCCAAUUCCAAUCCGGAGGCGAAGGUUGUUCUGCCCGUGUUUAUGACCUAUAACGACGACGACGAGAACGAUGAGAGCCUGCAGGAACUGAGCUUCAUGGCCGACCUUAAGGCGGAUGCAGCCACGGAGGAUGUGCUGCCGCCACCGCCUUCUUUUCCAGCGAUGAUGACCAACACGGAACUAAUCGUCGACUACAUCGCCAAGACCUGGAAUGCCAUUGCCAACAGCAAGUAUGUAACGUACUACAACGAGCAGGAGCAGGAGACCUAGGAACCACAGAAACAGCAAUCGCUGCAGCAUCAGCGAAAUCGGAAUCAGCAACUUCGUCGUCAAUCACAAUAGCAACGUCAGCAAUAUCGGCAGCAAUUUAAUGAGAACACCCAACAUCGUCUGAAAUCAGUAGAGCACUUUAGUUGGAGUUGCGUGUUCUGAAAAUUGAAAUAUUUUUUUUGCUGGUCCAUCAUUUAUAUAUCUAUACACACUAUAAAUUACUGAUAUAACGAUACGCUUUUAUGCUAAUUAAUGUAAAGAGUCUAUAGACGAAAUAUUGAUUAACUUUUGCAAGCGCGGCAGGCGAGGAUCAGGGUAGACAUCUAAAUGGUCUAGAUGGUGUGCAUGCAUGCGAGUGCCUGAGAUUAAGAGUAUAGGAUCUAUUUAGAUGCAGGUCGAUAAAGUAGGGGUGUGGUUCCGGUUCCGCAUGCCCAAUAGGUUAACUAUUGAAGAGGGGAUUUAUAUAGAGGAAGAGAGCAUUCAGCUGUGAAUAACAAGGAAAUCAUAACUAAGAAAAGUGAACUUACCAGAUAAAAAGUGGUCGCGGGACAGGAGGACAUCUAUAAGUGAAUAUUUAUUUAACAGAAGUUGACCGAAAUUUAACCAUUUUUUUCGCCACAAAGUGCGAUGUUCAGAUAGUGAUGUUCAAUCAAGCAUUUGGAUCUGGUUUUGUUAAUUUACAAUCUUCUGGCUCCCGAAAACGCAACGUUUUACCAUUACUAUUACUAUUACUAUUACCAUUACUAUUACUAUUACUGUACUUUAAUUAUUAUUAUACAAUUACGCCACCGUUUUUUUUUUCGUCAUAGUUUCAAAUGCCCAAACUGGGCGCGUUGUUGGAGGAAAUCCUAAUCCUAGAUAUUAGACAGAGUCAACGUCGGUGUAUAUAGUGGACCAGAAGUCGUGGAGGCAGUUCGAUAAUUUUGUUUAUGGAUCAGAAACAGACUAGAACAAGAACAGAACAGAACAGAAAGCCCCGCGGAAGAUAUUUGAUAUGUGUGUAUGAUAACGACUAUUUAAAGUAAACUAUGUAAGGCCCGCUUUUUAGCUCCGGCUAGCCAUAAAUAAGCCUCAAGAGGAGAGUAUGUUAAACCGUAUAAUCGUAAACAGAGAACCACAAAAUACCAGCAUAAACAUAAUGCAUACACUUACGAAAAAUGCCGCCGUUUAGCAGGGAGAGCCACAGAAGGUCUCUCCGAGGGUAAAGAAGUAUAGAUAUCGUAACCAUUUAAGGAACAAGUAAAAGUAACGUCAAACAAGUUCAGUAGAGAAGAAAUCAAUUGGAGUCAGAGACAGAGAAACCAACAAACAAUAAUCGUUAAGUAAACUCGUAACAUAAAGAGCGCAACUAAAUUGCUAUCAAUAGGAAUAUACAUUACAUACGUGCAUCUAUUAACGUAACUUUUUUUUGAUAAUGCAAACGUUAACCGUUUAAAAUCGAGUUUGUAAGAGGCAGGUAACAGUUAGUGUGAACAAAGUAGGAAUAAAAUUACGGAAAGAAAUCAUACAUUAAUUUAUCUAAAGUGCGAAACGAGAAUGCCUAUUUAAAGCAUCAUUAAAACAUUUAAAAAUCCGAUUUGGAAUGCCCACCCCUAAGUCCAAAUAAACAGAACGAACUGUGUGAAAUGUUUUUAGAUAUAUGUGAAACUGUUUUGCUUCAAUCACUGUAUAUUUUGAAAAUAAAAGUAAAGUAUAAUAUCGAAAA